AUGGAUGAUAUAUUAAAAAAGAGAAAGAGAGAUCAAGAUGAUAACAACAACAACAAUGAUAAUAAUGAUGAUAGAGUAAAGAGUGAUGAUCAUCAUCAUGCUUCUACGGCCACUACUUUAACAUUUAAAAGUUUAAUUGGGUCAACAUAUAUUAGACAUUGUAUAUUCAAUCAUGUAUACGUAAAUCGUAGAGAUAUCAUCAACUCGUCUCACCUUGGUAUGAUAUCUAAAUAUGCAAUGCCAUGGAACUUUAUCAAACAUUACUUGCCAUCAAGAGCCAAUGUAACAUUGGAAGCAAGAAUGAGAGUUAUUCGUGAGUUUUGUUGUCAUCGAAAUGCAACAACUGAUACACUCUCUCAAAUAUUGGAUUGGUCAAUAGAUUACGAUCCUCGUGCAUCUGAAAAUGGAGACUUGGAGACCGUUAAACUAUUAUUAACAUUAAAUGAUGAAAUAUCUGGAAGGUUUAGAGAUGUCCUGUUAGACGAAGAGUGGGAUAUCUAUGAAAAAGAAGAGGUUAUUAGAAACUAUCAACAGUGGGAAGAGGACAUAGUCUAUUAUCAACAACAUUUUGAUGAAAUAAAUAGACAACAUCAACUUGAACCAUCGAAAUGGUGA